UUGGCUUACCUUGUGACCUGUGGAAGGGAGGCACCUAGAGAGAUGCAGCUUCGAGCAGCAUUAGCCUCGUAUGAAAGAAGGGACUCGGCGGUUAUUGCAGGGACAGGGUCGGGAAAAACCCUUAUCAUCGCUCUUCUUAUCUUGUCGGACCACCCUUCGAAUGGUGUCAGCAUCACGAUAUCCCCUCUGAAGCGCCUU